AUGGAUAAUCAAACGAUUAUAAUUGACAAUGGAUCAGGUUAUAUAAAAGCUGGAUUAAAUGCAUAUGAGGAACCUUCUAUAAUAUUUCCGACAUUAAUUGGAAAUCUUCGACAUAAUGAAAAUCCUGAGACUUUUGUUGGAGAUGAUGCAAUUUAUCAUGAAUCAGAAUUGUCAAUUUAUCGUCCAAUUGAUCAUGGGCAUAUAAGUGAUUGGGAUAUGGCACAAAAAAUUUGGGAUUAUACAUUAAAUUGCAUUGAUAAAAAUAAAAAUGCGAAAGACAUUUUAUUAACAGAACCUCCUUUAUGCUCAACUUCUCAUAGAACAAAAAUGGGAGAAAUGUUUUUUGAAUAUUUUGAUUUUUUAAAUUUGAACAUUUCAGUGUCAGGUUUAAUGUCUAUAUAUGCUGCUGGGUUAACAACUGGUUUAGUUCUAGAUGUUGGGGAAGGAGUAACACAGUGUUUACCAAUAUUUGAUGGUUACAUUGAAAAAAAUUCAGUUAUACGUUCAGACUUUGGUGGAGAAGAAUUAAGUAUGUUUUUACAAAAAUUAAUAUGUGAUAUUGGAUAUAGUAUGACAACAAGAAAAAAUUUUGAAUAUGUUAAAUCAAUCAAAGAAAACUUAUGCUUUUGUUCAUUAAAUCCAUCACAAGAUCAACUAAGAGAUGACUUAUCAGUUACCUACACUUUACCAGAUGGGGAUGUUCUAAGAGAUGGUUAUGACACCAUAGAAAUAUCUCAUGAACGUUUUUAUGUUCCUGAGGCUUUAUUUAAUCCUCAAUUAUGUCAUAGAGAUAGUUUAAGUAUUGUUGAUAUUAUAUGGAAAUCAAUUUUAUUAUGUCCAAUUGAAAAUAGAAAAAGCUUAUCUAGUUGUAUUGUCCUUUCAGGUGGAUCUACUUUAUUUCCUAAUUUAGUAGAAAGGAUUGAAACUGAAGUAAAAAAUAAUGCCCCAGCAAAUGCAAGAUCUGCUGUAAAAGUUUAUGCACAUGAAAAAAGAGCUGUCAUGGCUUGGUGUGGUUCAAGAAUAUUUUCACAACCAGAAUUAAGACAAGCUCAACAAGGCUUAUGGAUUUCAAAAGAUGAAUAUGAUGAAAUAGGAGAAAACAUUUUUUUAAUAAAAGCAACUUUAAAACUAACCUAA